CCCUGCGCAGAGAUGCCGGCGGUGCCCGCGCCGGCCCGGCGGGGAACACGAGCGGGGGUCGCUGCCGGGCCGCCUCCGCAGCUCCGCCGGGCACGCAGGUGUACGCAGAAUACUUUUGUGGAAACAACUAACUAGAAAUCUUCACAAAGGAAUAUAUUUGGCAAUAAUGAAUCAAAUGGACAAAAGUCAACAGGAAGUCCCAUCAUACCUUCAUGAUGAACCACCAGAAGGGUCACUCAAAGACCACCCGCAGCAGCAGGCUGGCAUGCUUUCUCGUGUGACUGGUGGCCUCUUCAGUGUCACAAAGGGAGCUGUUGGUGCCACAAUUGGGGGUGUUGCUUGGAUUGGAGGGAAGAGCUUGGAAAUUACCAAAACAGCGGUCACAUCUGUGCCUUCUGUGGGAGUGGGUCUAGUCAAAGGAAGUGUUUCUGCUGUAGCUGGAGGCGUUACGGCUGUAGGAUCUGCUGUUGCAAGUAAAGUGCCUUUAACAGGAAAGAAAAAGGACAAGUCUGACUAAAACCAAAACUGAGACAUACUCGAUUCUCCAGAAUGUUGCGUCAGUGGCAUUAAAAUCUGCUAGGAUUGGGACCAUGAGAAGCCAUGUGUCUUAGACACUAUCUUCUAACAAGUUGUGCAAGUAACUUGAUGUCAUCUGAAAAGGACAGAAGAAGCUUGGCUAGCACAGCGUAUGAGGAUUUAUUAGAGCCUAGAUUGAAGCUUUGUAUCUGGUGAAAUGUUACAUUUGAUAACCAUAGAAGUGAGUGUAUCUGAAGGAGUAAUACAUAUUUGAAUAUUCAUUUACUGUAAGUCUUCUGCAGUUUUGGACUAAAAUGUGAAUGUAGAGGCUCAGUAGUCUCUGCGAUGCCAUCGAUACAAUGAGAUGCCAGUUACUGUUCUCAGUGGUUUCCACAUCCUCUUUUUAAGGAUCCUUCAGCUGUGUAAAAGCAUUGUUGGAUGUACCCAGUCUUGGUUAUGAACCUGUAUUUGCAGGCAGCCUGUAAACUAUCCCUGACUGCAUUCUGCCAGUGAAGACUGGAGCAAAGAGACUGGAGGUGUGCAGAAAUUGGAAAUGAAAAUGGGAGAUAGAAGUGAAAACAUUUAACAACAUGGUAGAAAGGAUCAUAAAGAGUAAACUAACUUAAUGCCUUAUUAGAAAAAAAUCUUCUUUUACCAGGUGAAGCUGUCUAAAGAACUUCCUGUUGUUUCAGUGCAGUUUACAAAAUGAGCUUUAGGCUCUUUAUAAAUCCUGCUAUCUGAAACUUUGUCAAUUUUUACUGAAAACAUGAUCGCUCCAUCUCAGGUGUAUUUAAUAAUAUGCAUCUAUCUCCUGCAAGUGAGAACUUGCUUCUAAUAAACUUCUUAUAGACACUAGAAAAAAUGACAGCCUGUGGAAACUGGGCUGAUGUUUGUGGUCGUCUAGCACAACUGUCUAACUUGCUAGAAAUUCCUUUGUGUAGCUGGAAACCACUGAAGAACUAGCAAAGCUGUUCUCUCAACUCCAUGAUGCACCAGGUUAGCUUUUUGCUCUUUUAAGCAAAUGCAAGGAAUUUUUCACUACAUCUCUUACACUUUUCAUUUUGAUUUUUGAGUAGAAUGCAAUACUUUUAUUUAAAGCAAACCAAAAAUGGUAGAUGAGGCCUUAAAAAAAAAAAAAAAAAUUCAAGUAAUUUGUAUACUGACAGAUUCCAAAUGUUGACAUCUCAAAUGGGAGCAUGUGUACAUCCUCUGCAGUGUGUGAGGCAAAAUGCACUUGAAAUGGCACAGCGUGAGAUUGCCUUAAAAUCGAAACGAUUUGUGAUCUUUUAUUUGUGUACUGACUUUGCAAAUAAGUAACCUCUUUGGAAGCCCAUGGAAGGCAUCUGUUCAUGUUGUAUAUGCAGUAUUUUCUAAAAUCUUGUGUUUCUAUGGAGAACUUGUAUGCUUACUUUUUCAGUGGCUGUGGUUGUACUAGAAGGAUAUAUGGGGGGGACUUCUUAAAAAGGCAAAAAAAUCGAAACAUAUCACUUGUCAAACCUAGUCCUCUGUUCAUGGGUGUUGAAAGUACACCAUGUCUGAAUUAGGGUACUGUCGUCACCCAGUCUGUCUGAGCCAUUGGUACUUCAACUGCACUCUGUAACAACUUUAUUUUAUAUCAGUGAUUGUAUAUGUUGGAAGCAUGAUACUUGUAAGCAUGGGAACUUGGGGUGGUGGGGAGAGAAAAAACCCAAGAAAUGGUGUCUGCUCCUUCUAUUAGAUGCACCAGCUGCUUGGUUCUGAUCUGCUGCAAGGGUGUAAUGAGGUAAGUUUAUGCAACAAAUGGAAGCCUUUAACUUUUUUUUAUAGUCAAAAGCAAAUUGCAUAGAAUAUAGUAUGGUUUAGAGGUACCAGUUAGCUCUAGAAACGAGCUAGCCUGGGUAUCAGAAGCAAUCUAGUUGCAGCAUAUAAUUUAGUAUGGUCUGCUCCACUGCAAUUUCCAAUGUAGCCAUGUCCCCCAAGUGCUGCCACUGAACUCUUUAAGAGUCACCUGUUUGGAGCACAGUGAUAAUUUGUGACACUCAACCAAACCCUUUCUAAUAGUUUUUCUGAAAACCCAUUUUUUUAUUAUAUUUUUUAAUUUUUAAACUAUGAAACUUGCAGCAAAACACGUGUGGUCUGAGAUAAGCAAUGUUAGGUAUGUAAAGAGUUGCCAACACUUCAUUUUGUUUUGUUCUUAACAUAUCCUGUAGCUAUUAUUUUGAGUCUUGUAACUGAAACUUUUACAUGGCAUAUGGUUUUAGUUGUCAAAGAGCUUUGUCCUAUAUCCUGUGUGUUUUCCAUUCACUUAUAAAACUUGCUUCAUCUUAAAAACUUGUUCCAUUUCUGUCCUGGCACCUGUGAAACAUUAAAUUGUUGCUGUUUCAGACA